GCUUUCAGUUGUACUGUACCUGUAUAUAAACCCGGCCCUCAUGGGCUAUCAAUGAGUUCCACAAUUCUUCUUCGUAUCACAGCGCAAGUUCUUGAUCUCUCACCAUGGCCGCCUCCUUCAGCUUUGGCUCGCUGCCAGCCUCGACGGCCGGCGCGACUCCUUCCUCUGCAGCGCCCACUGCCGGCGCCUCUCUGGCGUCGCCGGCGCUCACCACGGCGCUCUCCAUGGCAGGUCUCUCUCCCCAUGUGGUCACUGCUCCCCCUACUAACUCCUCGUCGAGCCUGUCAGUGCUGCCUCAGGAGGAACUGGUCGCCGCCGCCGCUUCUUCUUCCUCUUCAUCGACCGCGGCGGCGAAGACCAUCGACAACGACCACAUCAGCAAGUACAUCCACUUCAAGCUGGGCCUUGCCGGGAGUAAUUACUCCAUGUGGAAGAAGCUGUUCCACUCCGUGCUCUCCAAGUACGACGCGCAAGGCCACGUCGACGUCUACACGCCACCGCUGGAGCAGGAUGCUCGCUGGCGCCACGACGACAUCACGAUCCUCCACUGGAUCUACGGGACGAUCUCCGACGAGCUGUACCACGUCAUCGCGACACCGGAGAACACCGCCUUCCAGGCCUGGAACCUGCUCAACUCCUUCUUCGGCGACCACCAGGCCGAGUUCCGCUCCGUCGUCCAGGGCGACAUGAAGAUCUCCGGCCUCUCCUUGGACGACGUCGACCAUCCCGGCCAUCCUUCUGGCGACACCCACAGGCCAGGACUCCCAGAACCUGAGCAUAUGGAUGAACUUCCAGAUUUCGAGAUGGAGGCCGCCGGUGGAAGCGGCAUGACACUAUCUGCAAAUUUGGAAUUAAGAGAACGGAUAAAGCCAUAUUUCUUGCGUCGUAUUAAAAGUGAAGUAUCCCUUGAGACUGGUUUGACAGAUAAUAAGCGGCUUCCGAAGAAGAAUGAGCUAAUUAUCUGGCUGCAAUUAACUGAUCGCCAGAUGCAACUUUACAAAGCUUUUCUGAACAGUGAGCUUGUUCAUUUAGCAGCAUCGCAAGGAAAUCCCCUGGCUGCAAUCACGGUAUUGAAAAAGAUAUGUGAUCACCCACAAAUACUGACUAAGAGAGCUGCUGAGCACAUUUUGGAAGGCAUGGAUGGAAUGCUAAAGAAUCAGGAAAUGGGGAUGGCUGAAAAAAUGGCCAUGAACCUCGCAGAUAUGGCUCAUGAUAAUGAUGAUGAUGAUGUAGUCGAAGUUGGUCCGGAAGUAUCAUGCAAGUUAUUUUUUAUCUUGGCCUUGCUGCGGAAUCUUCUUGAAGAGGGACAUCAUGUUCUGAUUUUUUCUCAGACUCGUAAAAUGCUAAACCUGAUUCAGGAAGCUAUACUAUUAGAGGGCUACAAAUUUUUGCGCAUGGAUGGUGUCACUGAGGUUUCGGAGAGGGAAAGGAUUGUGAAGAAUUUCCAAGAGGGCCUUGGAGCUCAAAUAUUUUUACUGACCACACAAGCCGGUGGUCUUGGACUUACACUCACCAAGGCAGCUCGUGUCAUAGUAGUUGAUCCUGCUUGGAAUCCAAGUGCGGAUAAUCAGAGUGUUGAUCGUGCUUAUCGAAUUGGACAAACAAAAGAUGUGAUUGUCUACCGCUUGAUCACAUCUGCAACCAUCGAAGAGAAGAUAUAUAAGUUGCAGGUCCUCAAGGGUGCUUUGUUUAGGGAAGCCACAGAGAAGAAUGAGCAGACACGUUACUUCAGCCAGAGUUACUUCAGCCAGAGUGAGAUUCAAGAUCUAUUUAGUCUGCCAGAACAAGGUUUUGAUGUUUCUCUUACGCAGAAACAAUUGCAAGAAGAGCACGGACAUCCGCUUGACAUGGAUGAGUCGUUGAGGGAGCACAUAGAGUUUCUGGAGCAACAAGGAAUAGCAGGUGUAAGCCAUCACAGCCUCCUAUUUUCAAAGACAGAAGUGUUGCCGAUGUUGAGUGAAAAUGAUGCAUUGGGCAGGGGUGCUGAUGCUAAGAAAACGAAUGCUUCGCUGCUAGAACAAACACAAAUUCAGAUAUCCCUGAAGAAAUCAACUGUCUGGCAGAAACCCUCGCGAGCGCGACUCUGGAGUCUGAGGCUGCGUGAAUGUGGAGAUGAGAUACAUGCUUUAGAUAAUGAAAACUGACAGUGAUUGCUGAUUCGUCUUCAUCCAAGGAAGGAAGUGAUCAGUAUGUGGAUCUAUCAUGUCGAGGCCGGGGUUGAAGUCUUGGCCUACUUGGAAUUCAGUGCAUGCUGAAUAUGUAUUAUGUUGUUUGUUAUGUUUCACCUUUUGAUGGUUCAAUAGAUGAAUGAACACAAUGGAUGCUGGUUGUUUGUUUCCACCAUAUGGAUCGUAGUAUGUAGAGGCUGGGUUGAAGUGUUGGCCUAAGUGGAAAUCAUGAAUAGUUCAGUGCUCAGUGAAUAUAUAUUGUGUUGUUUGUCCUA